UUGCUCAUAGAGUUACUACAAUCGAUGCACAACCAUCAACAUCUAAUAGUAUAAUUGUUAUGGUUACUGGUGAAUUAUUGAUCGACCAAGAAACAAAUACUCAAAGAUUCUCCCAAGUUUUUUAUCUUGUACCCGAAAGUGGCACUGAAGUUGCUGAAGAUAAUAGUAAACCUGCUUCUAACGCUAGUGCUACCGCCAACACUACCUCUUCCUCACGUAAAAGAAAGACAAACACUGAGGAACAAUCUACUGUUGAACGCAAAAUAAACCCAAGACGUGCUGCUAAAACUAAAACUGAAAUAGCAAAAGCUGAAGCUUCUUCUUCUUCCUCGACUGCAUCUAAAGGCGCUACUAAGACUAAAAAAGCAAAAACUGAGGUAUUUUUAUAUUAUAUACUUAUACUAUUACAUCUUUCUUUAUAUUGGUAG